GAAUGUAAAAAAAAAAAAAAUCUAAACCAAGGAGGCUUGAUGUGUUAUUCCGCAGUAUCCGUUCCAUCAGUGCAGUAACUUCAUGGUGACAGUGCUGCUGGUUUGUCUUCACUCUGACAAAUGUUGUUCUUCAUAUUAUUUGCUUCCUUGCAGACAUGUUGCAGCAGUUGGUGAUUAAAGAAGAAAUCCUCCCUGAACAACAGGAGUUGAAUCUGAGUGUCGACCAGAAGGAUGUUAAACAGGAACAAGAGGAAGUCUGGACAAGUAACAAGGGACAGCAGCUUCACUGGCUGGACACUGAGAAGACUAAGUUCUGUUUUGCUCGUGUCCCUGUGAAGACUGAAAAUGAUGAUGAAAUACCACAGUCAUCACAGGUUCUUCAAAACUCAGACAUGUUGCAGCAGUUGGUGAUUAAAGAAGAAAUGCUCCCUGAACAGCAGGAGUUGAAUCUGAGUGUCAACCAGAAUGACGUUAAACAGGAACAAGAGGAAGUCUGGACAAGUAACGAGGGACAGCAGCUUCACUGGCUGGACACUGAGAAAACCAAGUUCCGUUUUGCUCGUGUCCCUGUGAAGACUGAAAAUGAUGAUGAAAUACCACAGUCAUCACAGGUUCUUCAAAACUCAGACAUGUUGCAGCAGUUGGUGAUUAAAGAAGAAAUGCUCCCUGAACAGCAGGAGUUGAAUCUGAGUGUCGACCAGAAGGACGUUAAACAGGAACAAGAGGAAGUCUGGACAAGUAACAAGGGACAGCAGCUUCACUGGCUGGACACUGAGAAGACCAAGUUCCGUUUUGCUUGUGUCCCUGUUGCCUACCCCUGCAUCACAGGUUCUUCAAAACUCAGGUAUGAAUUGAUCAAAACUCUGUGA